GGAGGGGGCGGGGCGCCCGUGUCAGCCGGGGGGGCGGGGGUUUGGGACGAGCCCCGCCCCUCUCCCCCGCCUCCAACUCUGGGUGAAGCUCAUCCCCUGCCGGGGUUGCUGUCGUCCUCUGCAGAAGGCGGCGGGGUGGAAGCCCCACAGCACCCAGGUCGCCUUGGUGUUUGGAAGUCAUGUCCGGUCCGGCCCCCCGAGAGCCCCACACGUCCACCCCUCAGGCGGCGGCCGCGGCCGCUGCUGCUGCUGCUGCUGCUGCUGCUGCUUCGGCCUCGGCUGCUGCAGUCGGCGGCGCUGCUGCUUCCGACCCCGCCCCCGCAGCCGAGGGCCCUUCCAAUGACACUUCCUUCGGAGAGCAGGGCCUGAGCUUCACCACCACAGACCUCAACCUGGUGGAGAUGACGGAGAUCGAGUACACACAACUGCAGCACAUACUCUAUUCCCACAUGGAGGCCCAAGCCAACGAAGGGGAGCUGGAAACCCGGCUAAAUUCUGCCUUCUUCUCCGCGAGCAAUCCCUCGAGCCAGGCUCAGUACCAAUCCUCCAGCAGCACCAGCCAGCCCAGCUACUCCUCCAACAGCACUGGGAGCCAGUCAGUGUAUCCAGUCAUCUGCCAGUCAGGCCUGACUUCUGAUGGCAGCUUUGUGGGGUCAAACCAGUGUCUGGGACACAUUGAUUUCCAAGAGCUGAGAAUGAUGCUGCUCAGUGAAUCGAAUUUACCUGUGACAGUUGCCAACCAGGUAGAGAAAACACCCAACAGUAGUUCUGUAGAGGUCACUGGCCACAGUGUGGUAAGAGUUAAGCAUGGAGAAAAUGUUGGUGGACCAAAUAAAGAAAAUAUAGCUGUUGAAAAUCUGGCUCCCGUGCCAGAAACUAGAUCUAAAUCUGCAGUCCGAGUUCGGCUGGAAGACAGAUUCAACAGUAUCCAGACAGAAAUUCCCAGGUGCCAAGAGCCUCAGGAAUCUGGAGUUACUCUUAACAAUUUGGUAACCCUUAUUCGACAUCCAUCAGAACUAAUGAAUGUUCCUCUUCAUCAGCAGCAAAACAAAUGUACCACAUUAGUGAAAAAUAAAACUGCUGCUGCUACUACUGCUUUGCAAUUUACAUACCCAUUAUUUACUGCAAAUGCCUGUUCUACUGCUGGGAAUUCUAAUCUUUCACAAACACAGAGUUCUAGUAACUCAUGUUCUAUACUUGAAGCUGCCAAACAUCAAGAUAUUGGGUUACCCAGAGCAUUUUCUUUCUGUUACCAGCAAGAAAUUGAAUCUACUAAACAGACUUUAGGCAGUAGAAACAAGCCUUUACCUGAGCAGGUUUGGAUUAAAGUAGGAGAAGAAGCGUUAUGUAAACAAGCAAUAAAUAAAAGAAAUCGAAGUCGAAUGCGUCAGUUGGACACAAAUGUAGAAAGAAGAGCUCUUGGUGAAAUUCAGAAUGUAGGAGAAAGCCAGAGCACCACAACUUCACAGGGUGCUUGGCAAUCCACAGAGUCUACACAGUCAAGCUUGAGUGACCAGACACAAAGUGGGCAACAGGGUGGACGCUCUCAGCGCAGGGAGAGGCAUAAUCGAAUGGAAAGAGAUCGAAGGCGCAGAAUUCGGAUUUGUUGUGAUGAGUUGAAUCUUCUAGUUCCAUUCUGCAAUGCUGAGACUGAUAAGGCAACAACUUUACAGUGGACAACAGCAUUCCUGAAAUAUAUUCAGGAAAGACAUGGAGAUUCUCUGAAGAAGUGCAUCCAAUUUUGAUAGCAUUUUAUAUUUGCUAUUACUCAAAAGUCCUCCUUUGAUGCCUCAUUGUGGUGUGGAGGUGACCCUGGGUUCUCUGAGACUAUGCCAGUGAAGCACAAGCUCUGGCUGGUCCUCCCAAGCUGGAAAGGCAUUGAAUAUGGGACCAGCCUCACUAAGUUCAGAGAGGCUCAUCACAAGAAGCUUGGCCACCAGGUGAUGAUAUUUUUCUGACCAAAGCAACUCAUGAAGAUGUCUACUAUGAUGUGGAGGAGCUAUGGUCUGUGUCAGUGAAGGAAAACCCUUUCUGAUGAAAUCACAGAUCUUUUUAAGUAUUUAAAUAUUUAAACAAUGUUACAGACAACUUCACUUACAGGAAUAAUUGUGGAUCCUACAAAAUGAGAUAUCUGUUUAGUGUGGUUUUACAACAUUUAUUCCUAAUCAGUGCUAGGGACUUGUUAAUGGCACCUAAUUGAUUUCAAUGAAAUGAGAAAUACUAUGAAUUACCCACUGUUGUAAAAAGAUAGAUUUUUAAAUAAAAAGUUCUUUGGUCCUUGUGGUAGUAUUUUUGGGUGGAUUAAUCUCUCAUAUUUUAUCUCCAGGGAAGGCAAGAUGACAGAAUAUAUAAAUAAGGUAAAAUCUGAAGCACAGAGAACACAGUCACCAAGACUUCAUCAAAGGGUUUUGAGAUAGCCCCUUCAUCACCUUGGUAUUGUGAUUCAAUUCAAGCAUUUAUUGUGGUCCCUUGGCACUGUGCUAUAAUAGCAGCCAUAAUAGCUAACAUUUGUAGAGCACUCAUCAUGUGUCAGGCACUAUGCUAAAUGCUUUACAGUUCUCUCAUUUGAUCCUCACAACACCCUGGGAGGUAGAUGUUAUUAUCUUUAUUUUACAGAAGAGGAAACUGAGACAAAUAGAGCUUAAGUGCCUUGCCCAGGAUCAUAUAGGUAAUAGGUGGCUGAGUUCAGAUUUGAACUCGGGUCUUCCCAACUCCAGGUCCAGCACUCCAUUCACCAUGGAUACAAAGAAAUAAAGUAAAAAGUAGUUCUUGUCCUCAAGGAGCUUACAUUUUAGAGAGGUGGCAACAUAGAUAUACACAUACACAUAUACAAACAAUACAGAGUAGGUGGAAUGUAUCUUGGAGGAGAAGGCACUAGCAUCUGAAGGGACUGAGAAAGACAUCUGGGAGGAAGAAUCAUUUGAGCUGAGUCUUAAAGGGGGCCAGAGAUUCCAAAAGUCUGAGGAUAGAAGAGAGAAUAUUCCGCAUGAGAUGGGUAGUACAAAAGCACAGAGGUAGAAAAAGGAACUUUGUGCUAAAUGAACAGAAAAUAGCCCAGUGUGACUGGCCAUAGAGUGUGUGAAGUAAUAUGUCAAAAGACUGGAAAGAUAGAGGUCAAAUUGUAAAGAGAUUUAUAUGCAAACCAAAGUUUAUACAGCAUGUCUCGAAAUUCCUAGCCCCAGUUUUAAAGUAUUAAUAGCUUUAAUAAGCCUUAAUACCUUAACACUGGACUGAAUUUUAGGAGACACUAUAAUUCUAAAGGCAAGGGGGAAGAGGCAGUAAAGGGGGUUGGCAUCACUAGAGUUUAUUGAGUAUGUGUGGGAUGGGCCAUAUUGGUUAAACCCACACUUUAGAAAACUCAUUUUAACAGCUGCAUGGAGAAUGGAAUGGAGAGAGAAAUAAGGCAGGGCUUCCAAUUUAGAAGCAAUUGCAAUAGCCUAGGCAAAAGGUAGUAAAUGCCUUAACUAGGAUAAUGACCAUGAUGGAGAGAAGGGGACAUUUGAAAGAAAUGCCAUAGAGAAAUCGUUAGACUUGGCAGCAGAUUGGCUAAGGCAUAUGAAAAAGGAGUUGAGAAUGACACCAAGGUUGAGCCUGGAUGACUGGAAUGAUGGUGCUACUUUUAACAGUAAUCGGGAGGUUUGGAUGGUAAGAUGAGUUCUAUUUUGGAAAUACUGGCUUUGGGAUGCCAAUGGGACAUCCAAAAGGUUCUUUUUAGAGUUCUCCCAAAUCAAAAAUGGAAAAGUGACUUCUUUGCAACCUUCUCUGGUUACAAACACAAGAGUUUUGCCUAUAUCUUAUAGGACCAGCCCUAUUGGGAUGCAGUUUGGUUCCCUUAAAAUUUCUUCAACUUCUUUGGUUUUUUCCAGUUAGCCAGACACCUGAAAUAUUUGAUUAGAUGUAGACAAGUACAUAGAAGUAUCUCCACUGUGGCAUCUGCUUUAUGGUGAUACCAAUUAUUGCCUUGGCUUAUUCACUGGAAAACUGAGUAGCAAGAAUCCUUGAAUGAAACAAACCUUUGGGUUCUUCCUUUCAGUUUUAAAAUGAGAUAUUUUUCAUGAGGAUCUUAAAAUACUAAAGAGUAUUUUAAGUAAGUAAAAGCCACAAAGGUGUUUUUUCUUUUUUGCUGUGGAGGUGGAGGAAAAGAGGUAAAAUUUUCUUCUAAAAAUACAAAACAUUAAGCAGUGGAUCUCUAGGCAGAUGAUUCUCAGAUUUGGCAAUUCUUGUCAUUCUCCAGUCACCAAUGAUCUUUUCAUUGCCACAUCUAGCUUUUUCUCAGUACUUGACCUCUCUGCCUCCUUUGAUGCUGUCAGUCUCUGCCCCACCCCUUCUUUGAAUAAUAUUUCAUGUAAAAAAUAAAAUGCAUAAGAUUACAAGGGAAUCCAUUUCACAUCACUAAGAUGCCUGUUACUUUCUCUUCCUCACAUCUUACAUGAAGUAGCCCUUUCCUUUACCAAGGGAAACUUCUCUACAUAUACAAGUGACUCCAUACUAUCUUGUGAUUGUUCUCAUUAAUCAUCGAUCUUGCCUAUUGGCUGCUUACCUAUUGCCUACAAACAUGUUCACAUUUCCCCCAUCAUCAUACUAAACUUGAUUUAUCCAUCCCUGCUAGCUAUUCUAAAUUACUUUUCUCCUUUUUGUGGUUAAACUCCUUGAGAAGAUUGCCCACAAUGUAUGUAUGUCUUCACUUCCAUUCUUCUCACUUUCUUCUCAACUCUGCAGUCUAGCUUCCAUCUACAUCAUCCUACUGAAAUUGCUUUUUCCAAAGUUACCAAUGAUCUAUUUUUUUUCUUAGAGUAUUUUUCCAUGGUCGAGUGAUCUUUUAAUUGCCACAGCUGCUGGUUUUUUCUCAGUAGUUGACCUCUCUGCCUCUUGAUUGCUUAGUCAUCCUCUUCUUAAUACUGUCUUCUCGCUAGGUUUUUGUAACACUGCUUUCCCCUGGCCUCCUACAUUUCCCACUUGAUGGUCAAGCUAUCAGAACUUAAAACUGUACUAAGAUUUUUGGGACACCCUGUACAAUUUCACUUGGGGACCCCAUCAACUCCCAUGGAUUCAACGAUAUCUAUGAAGGUGAUUUUCAGACUUAUUUUUCCAGCCCUAGCCUCUCUCCUGACCCCCAACCUCACAUCUCCAAUCAUUCCCUAUUUUUGUGGAAGCCACCACCAUCCACUCACCAGACUCAAAACCUAGAUGUCAUCCUCUUUCAUCUUCCACAAUCAAUUGCCAGGUCUUGCCAUUUCUAACUUUGUAACACCUCUCUAUACACCCCCCCACCCCCCUUCUCUCCAUGCACACUGAUAGUGCAGGUCCUUAUCAUCUCUCACCUGGACCACUAGUAAUCUGCUGGUGGGAUCUUUGACUCAGGUUUUUCCCUUUUCUAGGCCAUAUUCCAGGCCAUAUUCCACUUAGCUAUUAAAUUUGUCUUCCUGAAGCAUAAAUCCAACCAUAUCACUGCCUCCGCACACUCCCUCCCAUUCAGUUAACACCAGCAGCUUCCUAUUGCUUCCAGGAUCAAGUAAAAAAAAAAACCUCUUAAUUUGGCUUAUAAAGCUUUCUUUUACUGGGCCCAUUCCUACCUUUCUAGGGUUUUUUGUUUUUUUUUUAAACCCUUACCUUCCGUCUCUCCAAGGCAGAAGAGUGUUAAGGGCUAGGCAAAUGAGGGUUAAGUGACUUACCCAGGGUCACACAGCUGGGAAGGGUCUGAGGCCAGAUUUGAACCCAGGACCUCCUGUCUCUAGGCCUGGUUCUCAAUCCACUGAGCCACCCAGCUGCCCCCCCCCCCACCUUUCUAGGCUUCUUAUAUCUCACACCCCUCACAUACUCUGAUAGAAUGACAGUGGCCUCAAGUACAAAAUUCCAUUUCCUCACCAUGCAUUUUCACUGUGUCUGGAACUGCUUCCAUCUUCAUCUCCACCUCCUAGCUUCUCUGGCUUCCUUCAAGUCUCAGGUUAGAGCUACAAGAAGCCUUUCUUGAUCCUCCUUAACGUCAGUGCCUUCCCUCUGCUGGUUAUCCUCAACGGAUGAUAAAUGUGAGAGGGGCAUCUGGGUGGAGCAGUGGGGAGUGUCAGAAGCACUUAUCUUCCUGAGGUCAAUUACAGCCCCAGAUGCUAGCUGUGUGGCCCUGGGCAGUGCAUUCACCUCAUUUGCCUCAGUUUCCGCAUGUAUAAAAUGAGAUGGAGGAGGAAAUGGCAAACCACUCCAGUCUCUGUGCCAAAAAAAUUCCAAAUGGGGUUGGACUUGACUGAGCGACAACGGUGACAAAGGGGUGGAAGUGUGUAGUUUGUGUCCGUCUCUCCUGUUAAAUUGCAGGCUCCUUGGAAGCAUGGGCUUCUUGCUUUUGGACCUCAUGGGCACUUAAUAAGUGCUUGUUGACUGCUAGUUCACUAUAUUGAAAUCGUUAUCAAAAUAUUUUUUAAAACAAGUUCACAAGUCUCUAUCAGACCAUUUACUGCCUUGGUGGGGAGGGGGCAGGGAAUCAGAAUCACAAAAUGUCAGAAAACAAGCGUCUAAAAAUUGUUUGUUUGUUUUAGUUUUUAAAAACAAGUUCACAGGCCCCAGGUUAAGAGCAUUUGUACCAAGGAGCAGCAACAAGGUGGCUCAGUGAUAGAGGUUUGGGCCUGGAGUCUGGAGGUCCUAUGUUCAAAUGUGGCUGUGUGAUCCUGGGCAAGUCACUUAAUCCUGAUUACCUAGACUUCCC